AUGAAGUCUGCAACGUCGGCGUUGACCGUGCUGGCCUUUGCUGGCUUCAGCCUUGCUCAAACUCCAACGACAGACGCUGCCGCCCUCUCGGCUGCAGCGUCAGCGGAAGCUGCCUCUGGGACAAUACUCGUCGAAAAGCGUUUCACAUAUCCGGGCGGCGUACCCUACCGCGUCGAUGUGUCCAACGGACCCCGCGGCCUCCAGACGGGCUACAACCUCUGCAACAGCACAACAGAGGGACCAACUUCGCUGUGUCAGACUGCGUUUCUGUCCUCGAUUGAGGACUUUUGCUUGUGGGGACCCCAAGAGCCCAACUCGAUCGUAGGCGAUACAGAGGGCGAGAUGGUGGCCUGGUGCACACGGCCAGGCAAGGGCACUCGACUGAUCCCAGAGGGUACAAUCAGAGGAAUGCAGUUCAUCACUACACCUGGUUACGUACAGAUCACAGGCACGUUGGAUCAAAGCAGGAUCAACAUCGCCACGGGCGAUUAUGGUGGCGAGCUAGACUCUGCCGGAGCGGAUCAGAGGGGUAAUCCUCUCGGCGGAUUGUUAUUCACGCAGGCAUUCAGCAACACGAGUGAUCUGACGGAGAGCACUCCGUACACCCAGGUCAUUCGCUGGCAUCUCUUCCUGGGCAAUGAUCAUUUCUGUCUCAAGGCCUGCAGGCCAGGCGGCGAUGAUUACAGACUCUGCGAACAUAUCUAUGACAGGAUCGGCGCUCGAUACAACUGUCUCGCCGAGACGCCAGAAGACUACUUCGAGACCUGCCAAGGAGAGAAUCAGGAAUAUCCGGGCGUUUAUACUUCAGAUGGACAGGUGUACACAUACACACAACCCCCGGAAUCUCUAGGACCCAUCACCUCAAUCCCUUACACGCCCGUGCUGCCGGCUUCCUCAAAUUGCGUCACCAUGACGAGCUCGCUCAUCUUCACAGCCGCAGCUGCUAUCGCAUCAUCUGCCAGUGCUUCAUCUGCCAGUCGAGCCAGCGUUGCGAGCGCAUCUUCAGCAAGCCUGGCGAGCGUCGCGGCGGGUACUGCGAGCACUUCACCCAACGCAGCCGCCACAAGUGUGCCUACUGGCGCGCCAGCUUCUACAGCGACGGCAGUCUCUGACAACUCUGUCAGCGGCGCAACUCACGACCAUCAGGAUCCCAUCAUAAUCUUCGCGUCGGCAACAUUUCUCUUGUCGAUGAUCACGCUCGUGCUCUGA